AUGGCUGACUCUGUGUCUAUAGAAACAGAAACUCAGCCACCUGUGACGAAUUUGAGUGUCUCAGUUGCAAAUCUCUGCACGGUGAUAUGGACAUGGAAUCCUCCUGAGGGAGCCAGCCCAAAUUGUAGCCUAAGGUAUUUUAGUCAUUUUGAUGACCAGCAGGAGAAGAAAAUUGCUCCAGAAACUCAUCGUUCAAAGGAAGUCCCCCUAAAUGAAAAGAUUUGUCUGCAAGUGGGAUCCCAAUGUAGCAUGAAUGAAAGUGAGAAGCGUAGCAUUUUGCUGGAAAAGUGUAUCUCACCUCUAGAAGGUGAUCCAGAGUCUGCUGUGACUGAGCUUCAGUGUAUCUGGCACAACCUGAGAUUCAUGAACUGUUCUUGGCUCCCUGGAAAGAAUUCAAGUCCUGACACUAACUAUACUCUUUACUACUGGCACAGCAGCCUGGGAAAAAUUCUUCAAUGUGAAAACAUCUAUAAAGAAGGUCAACACAUUGGUUGUUCCUUUGAUCUGAGUAAAGUGAAGGAUUCCAGUUUUGAACAAUACAGUGUCCAAAUAAUGGUGAAGGAUAAUGCAGGAAAAAUUAGGCCAUCCUUCCAUAUAGUGCCUUUAAGAUCCCGUGUGAAACCUGAUCCUCCACAUAUUAAAAAUCUCUUAUUCAGAGACGGUACCUUAUAUGUGCAUUGGGAGAAUCCACCAAAUUUUGAUAGCAGAUGCUUAUCUUAUGAAGUAGAAGUCAAUAAGAGCCAAACUGAGACACAUGGUAUUUUCUCUGCUGAUGAGGAUGGAUGUCAGAAUUCAGUGUUUGAGAGCAACAUGACGGGUACAACUUGUUUUAUGGUCCCUGGUGUUCUUCCUGAUACUUUUUACACAGUUAGAAUAAGAGUCAAGACAAAUAAACUUUGCUACGAGGAUGACAAACUCUGGAGUAAUUGGAGUCAAGUGAUGAGUAUCGGUAAGAAGCCCAGUUUCACAUUCUACAUGACCAUGUUACUCAUUGUUCCGGUCAUCGUUGCAGGUGUGGUCAUUGUCCUUCUGCUUUACCUAAAACGGCUUAAGAUCAUUAUAUUCCCUCCAAUUCCUGAUCCUGGCAAGAUUUUUAAAGAAAUGUUUGGAGACCAGAAUGAUGAUACCCUGCACUGGAAGAAGUAUGACAUCUAUGAGAAGCAAUCCAAAGAAGAAACUGACUCUGUAGUGCUGAUAGAAAACCUGAAGAAAGCCUCUCAGUGAUUAGGAUAAUUUAUUUUUGCCUUCAGUGUGACCUUGUGAAGAUUCAUCAUAUUCUCCAUUUGUUAUCUGGGGACUCAUUAAAUAGAAACUGGAACUACUGGAUCCUUUAAAAACAGGCGGCUCAUAAGAGCCCCAAGUUUUUGUGUAAGUCAUACACCAAAAAAACUAAAAAAUAUUGGGCCCUUUGGAGAUGAGAGAGAAGUCUUCUUACUGAAUUGUAAAGGCAGGCGUCCAUUGCAAUCUUCAAACUAAGGGACAAAGCAAAAACGUGAUGAUAGAGUUUAAUCUCAUUGAGAACCAUGACAGCUUCCUAAGGGAUCUAUGCUUGAUGCAUAUUUCUGUGUCAAGUAACAUCAAGAAAUUUUAUUUGUUAGAGAACUUAUUUUUAGAUGUAAAUGCUAAUGUCGAAUGUGACUCACAGAAUAUCUAGCAACCAAAAUUGAUACUACCUGAUAUGUGUUGUUUGGAUCCCAUUGAAUAAUGUUUGUGGCUACUGAAACUCCUUAGAAGUCUGGAAACAUCCAUUGUGAUAAUAUUUUCCUCUGCUUUCAAUCAGAAAUCAGUAUUGGCUAUGAUCAUAAAAAUAUAGAAGAGUAGAGGCAGCUUCUGUACCAAGACCAUUCAAUGCCAUUGCAGGCUUUUAAAUUCAGUGGAACAGAAUUACUCACUGGGUAUUAGAGUUUGAACCAAGGAAUCUCUAAUGACGUAUUUUUCUUCACUUCUGUUACUCAGAUCAAAUAUUGGCUACGUGUUUGGCUUGUGCUCCUUCCCCAGUUUGUGAGGGACACCCCCCCACAGGUUUACAGUAUAGUUGGUACUCCUCAGUUCUUACCACUUCCUUUAUCUCCACGCAGUAAUUUCUCAGACUUUAACUCCCCAACUUCCAUUCCAAUAUUACCCUCCUUCAUCCCUUCCUUAUGAUCUUUUGAGCUUCAUUAGAAAUUAGGAAAUAAAUCUGCUCAGAACACCUAAAGGAGCAGGGAGGGAUUUGCAUCUCAGGUACAGUGUGAAUAGACAGAAACAGUCACUAAUUCUUACGUAUUUUGUAACUUCCAUGCAAGUCUGUAAUUACUGAGGGUUUUCAGCAUUUGAUGUUUCUCUGUGCAUAUCUUCACUUAGAACUUAGCUAUUUCCUUGAGGAAAAAAGGCAUAGUUAUAUUCAUUUCUCUGUCUAUAAAAUGGACCCUAGAUUCCUCUUUUCCUUGCCACAAAUGAUUAAGUAUAUUUUAUGUGAUAUAUUGAUAUCCAGGGCUCCACAUAUAUACUCAUUUUUUGCAUAUGUUAGGGUUCUAUUCUCCCCCAUUUCCACAAUGUAUGUACAUAUGUUCCUUCUACUAUUUCCUCCAAAUUUAAAGAAGUAAAGGAGAGGUAUCUCUCCUUUGCUGGCUUACACACACAUUCAGAUUGUUAAUAGUGACUUAAGAAUAUUAUAUCACAAUUUCUCCAAACAUUUACCAGUUCAUAUUAAUAAAAUAAUGCUACUUAUAAUGCCUGUUCUUAGGGCAGGGGAGAUAAGAGGCCCCUACUCUCCACAGGUUUGGACAAGCACAGCAGCCUGCUCCUAUAGUAGCAGAGGAGCACUGUGCCCUGGCAUCUCUGAGGAAAUUGGAAUGGGUGUUGUUUACUCUUUGUGCUUUUAGUAUAUAAGUCACAUUGAGGCUGAGAUAUAGGCAUAGCAAGUGUUCACCUUAUUCCACUGUUCACUAGAAAGAACACUUGGGUUUCCUGUGUAGAAACAAGAUUACUUCCUACUUUAUAAUUCUGUGAAGCAAAACACCAAAAUGUCUCAACCAAAGCCAUUUGUUUUCCUGCUAACCUAUUUUGAUGGCAUGAGGAGAAUGCUUGGAAAUUUUGAAGGAACUACUGAGAGUGAUAGUCAUACAGCCUAUGAGUUGGGAAAUGAUAUUUUGUUUCUAUCUUCUUUUGGCAGUACAAUGCUAACAGAGAAGGGGACAGUAAAUUAUAGGAGUACUUAAAAUUGUUGUCAAGUUUCUAAAAAGUGACUCCCAAGUCAUAGGAACUCAUAGAGGAAUCAAUGCAUUCACCUAUAGGAAAACAGCAGGGUCGUUUUUCAUUUUUCUGUCUGACCUAUAUGUUCCCCGCCCCCCACAUAUACCUAAGAAAACCCGCUGUAAGGAUUGUCAUUCUUACUCUUUCAUUCAGAAAGGUUUUCUGCAUCUGGGCACUGAAGGUAUAAAUGAAACAAUGUUAACAUUUUAGGUAAUGUCUUGAACUAGGGUCAUUUUUUGCUUCUUAUAUGAAUGCUUGAGAAAAAUAAAUAGAAAUUGUCUUUUUGUGUGUCACCUGAAUACUUUCUUUUGGUCUUAUUGUGGGGGAAAAUGUUGUAAGGAGUAGGUGGUGGAGAAAAUUGGAGUUAAAAGAAUAAAUAUUGUAAAAAAUAUUC